AUGUCCGGUCAGUCUGAGAACCCGGCUUUACCUGUCAAAUCGGUGGCGAAAUUACCAAAUGUCGACAUAGAUGAGGAUGAGGAAUACACUUUGAAAGAGCAGAGGAGGAUUAUCCACCGCGUGGAUCGCCGAUUGAUUGUUAUGUUGGGGUUCUUGCAUACAGUGUCUUUGAUUGACCGGGGAAAUCUCGGGACAGCAGCUGUCGCUGGUAUGAAAGAAGAACUCAAGCUGGUUGGAACGCAAUAUAGUACUAUCGCAGUGGCCUUUUUCCCGCCUUACAUUUGCCUCCAGGUCUUGGGACCCUUGCUUGUCCGGAAGUUAGGACCCAUUCCUUAUCUAUCUGGAAUAUGUUUUGUUUGGGGUGCCGUGAUGCUAUCGGCAGGGUUCGUGAAGAACUGGUCCCAAAUGGUCGGAAUUCGGAUUAUCAUCGGUGCAUUGGAGGCAGGGUUCUUCCCGGCGUCGGUGUACCUUAUCGCGACUUGGUAUACCAGAUAUGACAUCCAGAAGCGAUAUGCUGUGUUUUAUCUUCUCGGAUGCGUCGCCUCAGCUUUCACUGGAAUUCUGUCUUUCGGAAUUACACACAUGCGCGGCCUCGGUGGCCUCUCCGCCUGGCGCUGGAUCUUCGUAAUCCAAGGACUUCUAACUUGUGUUCUCGCUGCCAUCAGCUAUUUCAUUCUAGUUGACUUCCCAGACCGAAUGGCCAAGAGCAAGCGCAAAUUCAUGACCCAGAAUGAGUACGCCUUCAUUUUGCGUCGGAUUGAAAAUGACCGCGCAGACGUGAAGGUUGAACCGUUCAAUUUGAGAAAGUACCUAGCUGCGGGUUUGGACCUCAACAUAUGGGGGUUUGGGUUGAUUUAUUUCUCGACCACCACGACAGCAUACGCAAUAACUUACUUCAUGCCGUUGAUCUAUCGUGAAGGAAUGGGCUUCUCCCAAGGGGCGUCGUUAUGCCUUUUCGCGCCACCAUAUGCGGCGGCUGGCAUUGUGAUGUAUACUACUUCGUGUAUCGGAGAUAAGUAUCGCAUUCGUGGGCCGAUUAUUAUCUUCAAUGCAAUUCUGACGCUGAUAGGCCUUCCAUUAAUGGGUUUUGCGAAAGGCAACGCUCCCCGGCUAGUAGGAUGUUUCUUCAUCACUAUGGGCGCGAACUCCAACGUCCCGGCUGCUAUGGCAUAUCAGGCAAAUAAUGUCCGCGGACAGUGGCACCGCGCUAUCUGCAGCGCUAUAUUCGUCGGUCUAGGCGCAUCCGGCGGCAUGACGGGGUCGCUUGUGUAUCGGUCACAGGAUGCACCUGAUUACCAUCCGGGGAUUCUGACAUGUGUUGGCUUGACUGGUAUGAGUAUUGUGCUAGUGAUUCUAUUGUCGAUUCGGCUUCAUAGAUGUAAUCGGAUGGUUGACGGGGGUGAGUUGGUGAUUGGUGGAUUGCCGGGGUCUAAGUACACGUUGUAA